ACUUCCCCAGCUGCUGACGUCAGCUGGCAGCCUGGGCUGAGCUCGCCGCUCCGGACAUAGCGCCGACAAAAAUGCUGCUCUCCGUACCGCCAAGGGCAGGAAUCAACCCAUACAACGGCUAUAACAACAGAAACAGCAAAAAGCAGGCCUAUGUGUCCCCCAGCCAUCAGAUGGCGCCCCCCAGUCCCAACACCAACAGUAGCAGCAACAGUAGUGGAGGAGGGGAACAGCUGAGUAAAACUAACCUCUAUAUACGAGGACUUCACCCGGGGACUACAGACCAGGACCUGGUCAAGCUCUGUCAACCGUAUGGCAAGAUCGUGUCAACCAAGGCCAUCUUGGACAAAACCACCAACAAAUGCAAAGGUUAUGGAUUCGUGGACUUCGACAGUCCGGCAGCAGCACAGAAAGCUGUAACAGCGCUGAAGUCCAGUGGCGUCCAGGCUCAGAUGGCCAAACAACAAGAGCAGGAUCCCACCAACCUCUACAUCUCAAACCUGCCAGUGUCUAUGGACGAGCAAGAGCUUGAAAGCAUGCUCAAGUCUUUCGGCCAGGUCAUCUCCACGCGGAUCCUGCGGGACGCUAAUGGGACCAGCCGCGGUGUGGGCUUUGCCAGAAUGGAAUCUACAGAGAAGUGUGAGGCCAUAAUUCAGCAUUUCAAUGGCAAAUUUAUCAAGAUUCCCCCGGGAGUACCUGUGCCCACCGAGCCAUUAUUAUGUAAGUUUGCAGACGGGGGUCAGAAGAAGAGACAGAACCAGGGGAAGUACCUCCAGAAUGGAAGGCCCUGGGCCAGAGAUGGGGAAACCGGAGGAAUGACACUCGCGUAUGACCCCGCAGCCCUGCAAAAUGGCUUCUACUCCUCACCCUACAGCCUCACUCCCAACCGAAUGAUUUCCCAGACCUCCCUCUCGCCGUACAUGCAUUCUCCCGUCUCAUCGUACCAGGUACACAGUCCAUCCUGGAUGCACCACCAGUCAUACCUCAUGCAGCCAGCAGGUACAGUUCUCACCCCGACAAUGGAGCACGCCAUGUCCAUCCAGCCCACGUCCAUGAUGGGACCCCUCACCCAGCAGCUAAGUCACCUGUCCUUGGGCAGCGCGGGCACAUAUAUUCCGGCCAACACAACUAUGCAGGGGACCUACAUCCCUCAGUACACCCCAGUGCCUCCCUCCAGUGUCCCAGUCGAGGAGAACGGCAGUCAACAGCAACAGGUUGCCAUGGAGACUCCCACCGAGCACACAAACUACACGUACCAACACACCAAGUGAAGCUAAGCUCCAGCCCAGCGGGCCGAGGGCGCAACAUGAAUCCUACCAAAGAGGAUUCAGGCUGAAACAGAACUGUACUCCACACCAUCACCAAGUACAUGGACUUGAACAUGGAUGGCAAAAGGAUCAUGAGUGUGUGUGUGUGUGUGUUCCUGUCUUCAAGGGUUGAAUGUGUGUGCGCGCAUGUUUGUGUUUUUAUUUUCUUCUUCUUCUUCUGUUUUUGAGACUUGUCUUCAGGACCUUUACUCGCAUCCUCAAGAGUUUCAUAACCAAAGGUGGGAGUCCUCUUCUAUUUUGAUAUCUGAAAAUAAGGAACAAAACCAGAUGCUUUGAGGAAAAAAAAAGGAGGACGAGACACAAAACGUUUGUGUGCACGUGAUAAAACAUGUUCUGGAUGUUACAGAGUGAGACUAAGGAAGUGUCUUUUUGUCUUUGUAAAAUAUGCAAACGUUUGUUUUGACUUCUUGUUGUCCACAUCCUGCUUGCAGCAGUGGGGGUCUCUCUUGUACAGUUUUUAAAAAAACUCUUGCUGGUCUGGCGUACGGAGGUAACGUGAGCGCUGGAAGCAAACCGUUUAAAGCUACUUCUUCCUCUGGCUGCUGCGGAGACAUAUGUUCAUGCUCAUAGUUUACUCAAAGUCAAACAUUCUUUCACAAGUGAAGAGAAGACAAUCAAUCAUUUCUAUUUAUAUUUGAAUUAAAGUUCUAUUUUUGAACCUUUAUAGGACAUUGAAACUUACAUUUACUAAAGAAACACUAUUUAAUACUGUAGUAUAUAAAUACCAGUAAAAAUGAAGAGGUUUGGAUCAAUAAGCUGAAUGUUGGGAGCCUCCAAGUUCCCGACUGCACCGUAGGAAAGCUUCACACUGUUGGCGUGACGUCCAUGAGAAGUGGUUUUAAGCGGUUUUUGUUGUGGCAUUUCUUCAGAUCAUUCAGUCGUCCCUCUGCUGGGGGACCAGGUGAACUUGUUGUUGAUGUGAGCAGUUCGAUUCUAUGUACAAAGAUCAGUGCAGUGACUAGAUGAAUUAGUUUAGUGAGAGGUUCGGGAAAUCAAGGAGAAGACAAACAAAUUCCCUGAGAUUAGUUUGUUUGAAUGGGAACUGUGAGUCUUUGGUUCAAUGCUGCUGCUGUCACCUUCUUUGAUUUUGAUUUUAUAGAAAGUUGUGAUUUUUAUUUUUGGAUCUUUUGUCUGUCACUUCAUUUUUCCUUAUUAUUGAUUUCCUUUGAGGUAGAUUUUAGCUGUAAAAACGUAGAUUCUUUUAGUUUAGUUUUCACUCUGUACAGAUUGACGCUGUUGUUUUUGUAGUGCACAUUCUGUUUUCUACUCAUCUGUGUCACUUCAGUUCACCAAACCAUGCCUCACCCAAAACAAUCACCUCAUGCACAGAGUCCAAAUAUCUUUUACACGCUCACCAAGAUGCUGUAGAUAUGUAGAUAAGAGUCAGUGCUUUUACCGCGAUACUUCACAUUUGAGCUUGGAAGUGCCAUUAAAGACGAACCUGUCACAGUUUCCUUGAACUCGUGAGGCAUCUCGAAUCAUGCAAAAACCAAUCCUUAAGCCUUAACACUCGAGACAUGACCAACCUACACACUACGUCGAUUCUUGGUGCGGGCACUGUGUCAGGAGUCUGGGCCGCCACUUUGCUCAGGUGCAGCUAUAGAGUUGACCAAUGCCUCACCAGUUUAGCCAGUCCAACUUAAGACAGUUAGGCAAGGUAGGCUGCCUUUAACCACAGACUCCGGUUGUACAGUCCCUCUAGAGGUAGACAGGGCAGGUGUACAGGAGAGGUGUCCCUAGAAAUUCAACUGGAUGCAGCGGCAUGAGGGAAGAUAUUGGGGUUGGUCAAGAGCACCAUGUCUUGUUCAGGCUUGAUUCACAAGUACCAUCGGAACAGGUGUGGUGCGUUCAGUGGCAUAGAAAACGUCAAGUGAACACUGACCAAUUAACUGGAUAGUUCUUCCCCCUCCUUUCCUGGUUGUGAAGCCCAAAAGUAGCUGUGUUUCUGAUGACCAGGAGCGAAGAAGUGAGUCAGGCCUGUGGGAGCCAGCCCUAAAUAAAAUGAUCACUUGCCGGCGUUAGCUCGUAGUCAACAUUCCUGCUCUGCGUAGAAUUCCUGAGCCGCGGCAGCAAGGCGUCUCUAAAGUGCAUCUUGUUCAAGUGAGCAUUCCAGUCACAGCGACUUGGCAUUGGUCAACCUCGGCUAUCUCUGUAGACACGCUGCAAAGUGGUGGCACUUCUCUCCAACUGCUUUAGUACAAUGACUGAUCCACCCGUCGAUAAGAAGAACCCCGGCCAUCGCUCCCUCAAGCGGCCGUGAGUGGUGCGCUCGUGCUCUGCUCGUGCCUGAGUGGGUUCUUCAGUUUCCUUUUGGACUCAUUUGUGAAUGUUUCCGCCGUGAACCAGUCUGUCCUUUAAUAUCAGAUGCCUUCUCUGACUGGAGUCAGUGACAAUAUUUUUACAGGAACACGGUCAACUGGUCAAAGUUACGUGGAUGUAGAGUCGGUGCAGAGGGCGGGGUCCAUGUAACCCGACUCAAGGUGCAGAGGUUCGGCCUCAGCCAACAUUCACACACACACACACACACACAGAAUGCAACACUUGAUUUUGUAAAUAGACUUUUCUUCCACCUUUCACACUUUUUUUAUUUGUUUGUUUUCUGUUUUUUGUGAGUUUCAAAUUCUUUUUUAUUUCAUUUUUUUUUUAAAUUCAAAGUCUGUCCAGAUAUCAGAGCGAGGAGCAGAGGAGCCAUGAAGGAAUUUGUCAUGGAUAUUGUUUGAUAUAUUAUAUUGAGAGAAAUGAUAUUCCAUGUUUCAGCCAUCAUUUGUAACACUAAACACAACUCUAAAAGGAUUUUGAAACUAUGAAAUGACCCUUGUUACAGUGCAGUGUUUAUUUAUUUGGUCAGACAAGUCAGCAUUGAUGACCUGUAUGUUCAAGACACCUUUGAGAAAGCAGGGUUUCACCGAGCUGCACAUCACCAGGAGCUAGUUUCCCGCUGUAACUGUCGUCCAUGCACUUACGAUACGUCCGUGGAGGUGUUUUUGAAGCGCGACAAUUCUGAUCGCUUGCAGAUUUCAUGGUUUGUUUCGUAGUUUCAAAAUGUUUUGCUGCUAAAACAGGAUUUCCAAAUGCGCGGUUGGAUGUUGUCAAUUAAGGAUUUUCAAAAUGUCAUUUGAAAAAUUUGGUUAACGCAGUGAACGUCGAGUUUGAAGUGGAAAACUACUGUGCUGAUCUGUAGGUUUUACAACGCUUCACUGUCUCACUGCUUAACACUGUAUCAACCAAGUUUGUUGUGAAUCUCGGACAUUCUGAAAAUGCCGCCGGCUCAUCUCACUUUUGGAAAGUUUUCUUAUUUAUACAACUCAUUUUGUACAGAUUUGUUAGAGGAAAGAGGUUUUGAUAUUUGGUUAUUUUGCAAAGCCACGUGGCUACUUUUGUCUUCCUGUGCCAGAGUUUCUAAAUUGUCUAUGACUUUUAUGUUUUUUAUUGAUUGAUUCAGAAUAUUUUUCCUUUUUCUCUUUGGAUUUCAAUAUGUCUUUUUCCUUUUUUUAAUAAAAGCCUUGUUUUAA